GCGGAGGAUCACGUGACCGGCGCGCCGAUGGCGGCGGUGCUGCCGCCGCGCUGAGGGGACUCGGUAUGGAGGUGUUCAUCCCAUCCUUCCGAUAUGAGGAGAGCGAGCUGGAGCGGGGAUACACGGUCUUUAAAAUAGAAGUGCUGAUGAGUGGAAGGAAACAUUUUGUGGAGAAGAGGUAUAGUGAAUUCCAUGCACUUCAUAAAAAGCUCAAGAAGUUCAUAAGAACACCAGAGAUCCCUUCAAAGCAUGUGAGAAACUGGGUCCCCAAGGUCCUGGAGCAGCGACGACAGGGCUUGGAGUUGUACUUGCAGACAGUAAUUCUGGAAAAUGAAGAGCUCCCUAAGAUAUUUCUUGAUUUUCUGAAUGUUCGUCAUGUACCUACCUUGCCAAAAGCAGAAAGCUGUGGCUCUUUUGAUGAAACAGAAUCUGAAGAAUCAAGCAAACUGUCCCACCAGCCUGUGCUGCUGUUCCUAAGGGAUCCAUAUGUCUUGCCUAAAGCCAACGAUGACUUUCCAAAUGUAGUUAUAGACGGAAUUCUCCAUGGAAUAUUUUAUCCUCAUUUACUGCCCAGGUAGAAGUAAUACAAGACAAGAAGCUGAAACAAGUCUCUGAGUCGUGGUUAAUAGAAUUAACAGGAAUAAAAUUCUGUGAUGUGAAAAUUAUGCUCAGAAGCAAGAGGCACAACCUCAGUUUAAGUUCAAGCAUUAUGUCUUUUUAAAUAAAAUCACUGUCAUUACAGUUGCUGCUUUAAAAAAAAAAAGAUAAGGAAACAACAGUAUUGAAGUUAUUUAUGCCUACUAUAUAUUGACAUGCUCUAUUUAACACUAAAUGUUCUAAGUCAUACACUGAAUUAUGCUAACCUUUGAAAAGUUUUACUAAUUAUUUCUGUAAUUUCUAUUAAAGCAAACACUAAACCAUUUUGCACCAGGAUUUUUCCCAGCACAUGACCCACUGCUGGCACUGGAUGGAUUAAAAGGGCUGAAGAGUGUGUGCGCAGAAUUGGAAACAUGCUUUCACAUUCUGAAACACAUAGCACUCUCUAAGGAAAUCUUCUAGAUUCCUGUUGAAAUUAUUUUACUUACCAGGAGCUUUUACGUGGCUUUUACACAUUUCCAUUCAGUUAUGACAUCUACCCUGUGUGUUUGGUUACUCUCCACUUGCUGACUGUAUUUCAUAUAUUAACAUCUUAUAAAUCACAGAAAAUACAACUCUGUGGUAAACUAAAGGAAGAAUACUAUGAUCAAACUAAAACUGAUACAUAUAUAUGUAUGUUCAGAUUUACCUGGAAAUUUGUAUGUGUGCUACUGGACAUUACAAAAUAAAUUACUAAGACAUGAA